UUUAAAAUUUCUAACCAAACACCCGCAUCGACAUCUUUUCCAAGUUGCCGGUUUUGCGUCUUUUUUGUUUUUUCGUCAAGGUCUUUUGGAAACGCUCUCAGACUGAUAAUUAUUUAGUUUGGAUUAUAUCGCUAGCGAUAUGAAUAAAUUGGUUAUUCCACCUUCGCCUAAUUGGUUUGCGAAUAAUGUACUCGCAUGUGCUUCUGAUAACACGGUCGUAUAUGGUUCAAGAAAUGAGAUUGUUGUAAUCAAGCCCGCACCACCGGAAGAGCCAGCCGAUGUUCAAGUUUUAAGCGGCAUUCACUCCACAAGGGUCACUUUUGUAUCAUUAAAUACAAACUGGGGCAAUCCCAACAAAUGGGCCGUUUCAGUCGCCGAAGACAAUGUGGUUCAAUUACUGGACAUCGCAACAUGCACACCCAAAAUCUCCCACGUAGGUCAUAAGACUCAUCCUCAUAGAUUGAUAGGUGCUGUAUUUUGUGGAGAGGACAAAGUUGUUAGCGUUUCUGAGCAUGGGAUUAUAAUUGUGUGGAAAUUGUCUACCAACAGUUUGACACCAAUACAUACCAUGAAAGGAAUGUAUGUCAAAGUCUCCACACUCAGUAGCUGUCCCCACGCACCGUGGAUCGUUGCUUUUGGGCUUAAGAAAGGGGGAAUUAUUGUCAUGGAUAUGAAAAAAAUGGGGAAAGUGCUAUUCAAAAUCCACGCACAUGACGACGAGGUAAUUUCUCUAAGUUGGUGUCCUACGCCUUUUAACAUUUUCCCAAAAAAUAUAAGAAAAAUAACAGUCGUUAAAGAAGUAUCCUCUAGUUCAGAAGCAAACCUAAGCAAAAUAAAAGAACCUGCACAUGACACAGAGUCUACUGAAAUCUCAGUUACUACAGACGAAUCAACAGUAACGAACCAAAUUCCUCCCAUAGACUCAGAGUCUAUAGAAACUGAAGCUUUUUGUUCGGGAAACCAUGAGUCGCUGGAAGAUGAAGACCCCAUCAUUAAUACAAGUGCAGACGAGAUUACUGAAAUCAAAAAUGUAGAAGUUGAAAACGUGCAGCAAUCUCAUGGCGCAUCAGAAACUGUCAUUAAAGUAGACAAAGAAGAGGAAUGUGUAAAAGAAUCUACAGAGAGCUCCAAUGAUUGCAAGCACGUUCAAUCAGAACCAGAAAAUAUUGAAACGGACUGUGACUCAAAAAUUUCUCACGAUCUUUUGCUAAGUACAAAUGACAACGAAUCCUGUAAACUCGCUACACCUACAAAUUCACCUAGAACUGGUGAUAUUAUAAAAAUUGACAUAGUUAGUGAUGUUUUAUUGCAAGAGAAGGUAGAGGAUAAUUUCUUAGAAGAUUCUUCUACCUUAUGCCAACUUGCUGCAACAUGUGAGGAUACACCCUUAAGAAAAUGUACUGUAGCAAUUGACUCAGAUCAGAAUUCUUUUUCACAAGAGCGUCCAGAGGAUCAGCCUACUGAUAUACAAUUUGGCAACAAAAAUUCAAAUUCCAUAAAUGAAGAAAGUACAGUAAUUGACUCUUCGCUACCAGAACGUGUAGAUGAUUUGUCUCUUAAGACGGCGACUGAACCGGAAUUAUCAGCACCCAAGCAGGAGUUUUUACUCGCGUCGUAUGCAAGAGGAUCAAGGUCGAUCAAAAUUUGGCGUGCUGGUUCUAAUGGGUUACUGCAAACGGAAGUAUUUCCACCCAACCAGCCUUAUCCGAAACGUUCUAAUAAAUAUCAUCAUGACAAAGCGUGGCUGUCUGUUUGUUGGGUUACACCUACACAACUACUGUCAUCCAGCAGUAAAGGCCAGCUACUUCUUUGGGAGCUCAACGAGGUGAAAGAAGGUACCUCGGGAAAAAGAAAUUACCAUUAUCGCGUGAUCCACGCCGAUCACAGCAAGUAUGUUUUCUGCAUAGCGGCACCCGUGAGGAAUUAUCCACCUAUUGAUGCAAGUGGUGGUGCUGGGGACAUGGGUGAAUUAAACGCCUGGACUAUAGGGAAUGAUCGUUUCAUUUUAAAUACUAGUCUUGGCACAGGCUUUAGUAAUUUGGUGACUUAUUCGACAACUGGAGGUGCGGUCACUUGUUUGGUGCCUUCAUCUAUUACACCUUCAAGAAUUGCUUGCGGCUUUAGCGAUGGAAAUCACAAAAUGUGGGAUUUAAGUCAACCGCAUCUGCAGCGCGUUAUUUUAAAUCCGAUAUUUGAAAAGCACACAAUUAAAGUGACUAGUUUUGCAUGGCAUCCUACCAAAGAAGAUUGUUUAGCCUACGGCACUAUCGAUGGAUAUAUUGGUUUAAUAGAUGCCAGUAGUUUAUCGAAAAAUUUCACCCAAUUGGUACAGUCAUCUGCUGCAACUGUAUGUCAUCUACAGUGGGGUCCCUUGGAUACUGAUACAAUAGGUCUAUAUACUGUGGCCAACGGAAAACUAGUUGUCUACAAUGUUAAACAUCCUUUACAUGAACCGGCAGCGAUCGAAUUUGACGUCGAUUAUAACUUGACUUCCUUCUCUUGGAAACCAGAUUACAGUAUUAUAGCAAUUGCUACCAAAAAUUUUGAGCUUUUGUUGUACAGCAACAAAUUUAAACUUUUAAACACUUUUCUGCUUCAAUCUAAAAUUGUGCGUUGCUUGGCAUGGCACCCUUCCGACACUACUGAAAAGAACUGGUUGGCAAUAUCUUCAAACCAAGUGAUUGUGUAUGACUGCACGGAAAAAGAUACAGAAGGCUCAUGUAAAUAUGACAAAUGUGCCUUAGCUAUUUUCUCACAGCACAAAGGCACUGUCCAGUGCCUGUCGUGGAGCCCGCAUCAAUCCGGGAUAUUAGCUUCGGCCUGUGAUGAUGGAUCUGCCUUGGUAUGGAAUGUUAAGUCGCAAACUUUGCUACACGCUUGCCAUUGUUACUCAGAUGUUCUUUCUUCGGUUGUGUGGAGUCCAUUUGAUGCCGACUAUUUAAUAACUGGUGGGAAGGCGUGUACAAUUCGUAUUUGGAAACUUUCGGAAAAUCCUCCUGUACUACGACCUGAAAAACCGUCAGCAAACCCAGCAUUAACACUGAAUGGAGACAAGGAUGAUACUACAGAAAACAGCAUUGUUGCAAAAACCGAAAGCAAACCUCGACGGACAACCAAGCAAUUUUUAAACGGAAUUGCGCGUAUACACAAUGUAAACAAUCAUUCCGAACUUCUGCAAAAUUGUCUAACGUUGUUUUCAUUGCGAUCGAGGAGUAGUGACGAUGUUAACAAUUAUAAACAUGAGUUGGACAAGGAGUCGGAAUUCAAUGUAGUAAACUUGUUUGGUGAUAAAGACGGAAUAACGAAAAUUUUGCGACUUGAGCGAGAGAACCACCUCAACAGAACAACUCCUUUAAGUUUGGAAAGUGUUUCAUUAUGGGAAGGUAAUAUUGACGAGACUAUUAAAAAUGCGAUUAAAUGUGGGAGUUUAAAUCCAUGGCUCAUUGGAAUUGCUCCAAUGGUGUCACACAGUUUAUGGCAACAAGCAUGCGAGUCAUAUGCGAAACAAUUAUUGAAUAGUGCCAAUAAUAAACCUGUUGAAGCUUCAUUUUAUUAUUUGGCAUGUCACAAAGUAGAAGAAGCGAUCGAAGCGCUUUGCUCGGGUUCAUAUUAUCGAGAAGCACUCAUUUUGGCUAAAACUAGAUUAUCCAAUUCUGACCCGAUUAUUAAUAAUGUUAUUGAACGCUGGGCGAAGUAUGCUGCUUCAGUAGGAUGCUAUGAAGUUGCCGCUCAGUGUUACUUAGCUUUGGAUAAGUUGGAAGAAGCUACCAAAGUGCUAUUUCGCAGAACUGAUAUUCCCACAUUGGAAUUUUGCGUUACACUGGCAAAGGAAAGUGGUAACGAAGAUAUGUUACAUGCGACAUUGUUUAGACUGAACUCGUUCAAAUCUGAAUUCAGCGAUAAGGUGGGAGAUCCAGCUCCACCUUUACCAACGAGAUUGGAAGCUGAAUCUAGCCAUAUUUCUUGCGAUAUCAAAAUUGCGGAAAUGGCAGAAAAUAAGACUGAAAAUGGCGACGAAAUUACCAGUGAUAAUACAAUAGUCGCCUGAGUAUUUUAUUGAUUUUGUUUAGAAUUUUGAUUUUUUUCUUGUUUCAAGAGUUACUUUUAUUUUUUGACAAAGUAUGUUGGUUUUUUAUUUUUGUAUUAAUAAAUGCGUUAUUAAGUAUCA